CUUCCAUGCGCUAUCCAGAUUUAUUACAGAGAUCAGUGGUUUGAACACAGGCUAGGCUAGCGUAGCGAGAGCACUGUUUCCCAAGAGUCAUUAACAGCUAAACAGGGUAACAUCCUUAGAACAGAUUUGUGGAGAUUACCAAGACCUAUCGUAUUGCACUUCACUGAGGUGCAUCAGACAAUUUGAUGAAAGCAAAAUUACAUGUACUGAAUACUCAGCAAAGAUAACUUGAAGAGAAACAGUUACCUCUUCAGGUUUUUGUUCUGUGGCAACAGAUAUUUGGCUCUGCAGUUCUGGUGCCAAUGGAAAUUCACCUUGGCUUGGUGCUUCAAGUGUUUCUCUUUGGUGGAAUCUGCCAACUAGAUUCACCAUACACAAAUGACCUCAUUGUUACUAUCCACAAUGCAUUAUCAGAAUGGUGACUGCUAAAUGGAAAGAUUGAAGCAGUAGCUGGUGACAGUCACAUGGUCCUGUAGGGCGUCAUCAGUUGUCGACCAUCCCAACGACAUUAGACUACAGUAAAAGACGAAGAGCUGUUGCUAUGGCAACCUCCACAACGCCGGCCUCGGAUGCCUUCAUCAGCUCACUGACCUCCAUGGUAAACCGGGAGGACACGACGGCCAUCCUCCAGGCCCAAGUGCGUAUGCUGAGCCGCUUUGAGAAGACCAACGAGAUGCUGUCCAACUUCAACAAGCUGUCGGCCAGCCGAUACGAGAAGACGGUGGAGCAGUUCAAGGAGCACACUCAGGUGUUGAUGGAGUUGAAGAGGGACUUGGACAUGAUCUUCAGGAAGAUACGUGUGCUUAAAGACAGGUUGGCAUCUGAGUAUCCUGGGGCUUUCGAAGCUGCCUCAGUGAAUCUCAUCAGAACCAGCGAUGAGGAGGAUGAAGGAAAGACAGGGGCAGAGCCUGACGAUGUAGAAAAGCAGGGGGAGGUUGAUAAACCUACCGAUCAGGGCUCACAGGAGACAUCACCACAGAACCACGAACAGUCCAUAGAAUGAACAUCUGAGGAGGCAGUUGUGUGUGACCUUUGGCCGUGGACUUAAUGUGCACAUUGUGGCUUCAUUCCUUGUUGCAGAAACUUUGUAAUGAAAAGACAGCGGCUGGUUACUGCAUUAGCUGAGAAGGACUCUGGGUACAUCAACCCCUCCCUCUUCCCCUCUCCCACCCUGGUUUUAUUUUGAAUAUUAGUCACCAUUUGAAAAAAAUGUAAAUGCCCUCAAGUGAAAUUUGAAGCAAGCGAGCCUGCGUCCAAGCUUUUUGGCAAGACAGAUGAAAGCGUUGGUGUUAUUUUGACCGUAGUGCUUAUUCUGUGCAAAGAAAGGAGUGGACACUUGUAAAUACUCAACAUAGCGGACUAUUUAAAGAGAGCACCUUGAUUCUGAAGUUAACUUAAUAUCACACAAAACUUCAAAAACUCCUGUUCCCCUAUCUUGGGGCCUGCUCCAAGGUGCUGUGUACCACUUGUAAAGUAUUAAUUUUUUGAAAUUCUGAUGUUACAGUUUAUUGCCUCCUUUCAUGCAUCCAUAAACAGUGCUGUCCACUUAUAAGACAAAGUUCUGCUUGUGCCACUUCUUUUGAUGUAAACAGUUGAAUAGUGACAUCAACUUCCUGACGUGGAGCAGUUAGUUGACAUUAACAAUCUUGCAAUGUGAAUAAAGCUGUUUCUUGUUGAUUCAUAAUUUGAUUACAGGAGAACCCCCAUAAACUGUCUGGUUAUCCAGACUGACUUGAUGGCCAAACU